AUGGCCCCAAAGGGCGACUUUGUGCUCAAGCGCGGCUCAACGCGGCCGAUAGCAUUCGUUUCGGGUGGCGUCGGCAUCACGCCGAUGAUUGCGAUGAUGAACACGUCCAUUGCCGAGGGCGUCGCGCGAGGCUCCGUGCCAAAGAUGGUCUUCCUGCACGGCGCGCGCAACGGCAGCGAGUACGCCUUUGGUGAGCACCUGCGCGCCCUCUCGGCAGUCGUGCCGUCGCUCAAGUCACACAUCGCCUUUAGCGAGCCCGCCGCCUCGGAUGAGCUCAGCAAGGACUACGAUAGCGCCGGAUACAUCGACACCGCGGUGUUCAAAAAGUACCUGCCGGAGGACCUGGACGCGGACGUCUACAUGUGCGGCCCGCCGGGCUUCAUGGACGCCAACUACGCAGCGCUGCGUGAUCUCGGCGUCGCCAAGGAGCGGAUCGACUACGAGCACUUUGGGCCGGCGACCGUCUUCGAGAAGGAGAGCGGCCCCGAGCCGUUCGCCGACGGCAGCGAGCCGGGGCACCCAGUGUCGUUCGAGGGCACGUACGUCUCGACCGAGUGGCGCGCCACGCAGGGGACUGCAGGAACGCUGCUCGACACUGCACUGGAGGCGGGCCUCGACCCGCCCUUCACCUGCCGUGCGGGCGUGUGCGGCAUGUGCGCCGCGCGCCUCGUCUCGGGCGAGGUGGACUUCAAAGAGGAGCCGGUCGCGGAGGCCGAGCCGGGCGACAUCAUCCUCUGCCAGGCGGGCGUGACUAAGUAUUUAGAACCGGUGCACGAGCUUGCGCUCUCCAGCCGCUGCCGGCGGUGCCGCGCGCUCGCGAGGCUGCGCGGCGCACUCACCUAG